AUGACGACGAUUGCAUCUGAGUACUCGUCUGAGGUUGCUAGCACACCGAUUCAGUACCAGUUCAAUCCUUAUGCCGAUAAUGGAGGUACCAUUUUAGGUAUUGCAGGCGAAGACUUUGCAGUACUCGCGGGCGACACUAGACAUACUACUGAUUAUUCUAUCAAUUCUCGUUACGAGCCCAAAGUAUUUGACUGUGGUGACAACAUCGUGAUGUCGGCCAAUGGGUUUGCCGCAGACGGCGAGGCGCUGAUGAAAAGAUUCAAGAAUAGUGUUAAAUGGUACCAUUUCGAUCAUAAUGAUAAGAAACUGUCUCUGUCCUCAGCAGCCAGAAGCAUUCAGCAUCUGCUUUACGGCAAGAGAUUUUUCCCAUACUAUGUUCACACAAUCAUUGCAGGCCUGGAUGAAGAGGGCAAAGGUGCAGUGUACUCUUUUGAUCCCGUGGGGUCGUAUGAAAGGGAACAGUGCAGAGCCGGCGGCGCAGCUGCGUCUUUGAUAAUGCCGUUCCUAGAUAAUCAGGUCAACUUUAAGAAUCAAUACGAGCCAGGUUCCAAUGGCAAGGUAAAAAGACCUCUCAGCUAUCUGAGUAUCGACGAAGUUAUAAAACUGGUGCGGGACUCGUUUACAUCUGCAACAGAGAGACACAUUCACGUGGGUGACGGUCUAGAGAUUUUGAUUGUCACCAAGGAUGGUGUACGGAAAGAGUAUUACGAUUUGAAGAGGGAUUAA